GCAGAACUAGACGGAACCAUUCGUUCUGUAUUCAUAUGCAGCCGCAACGCGUUUAUAUGCGUAGAAUAUCCGUCACCUAGUCAUACCUCGACGUUUAUAUAUGAUCCGCGGUUUCCACGAGGAUAUACAUUACAGGAGCCACUCGCUCCAGAGCAAAUCGAAUUC